AUGAGUACCCAUCCAGAAUCAUCUGACAGGCCCGCAACCACGUCACCGACUGACUUGGCGAAUUUGGGAGCUCAGCUGAGUGAAGUUCUAAAUAGAUUUAAUGAGCUAAGCAUCAAAAUGAUAGCACAACGGCGCGUGAUCAAUCAAUUGGUCGCUGGUGGUGCUAGCAGUGAACAACAUGAACCCUUACCCCCUGGCCAAUCUGAACCUGAACCAAUACUCUUACCUUAUACUCAAGCUCCUGUUACUUCACAUGUCAUAAAUUCACCUGAAGAAGCCUUUACCUAUCCCACUCAUGGCCCACUACCUACUUAUGCAACUAACGUCCAAAUUAACCCUCCUCAUGCCCAAAUUUCCCGAAACUAUCCACCCAUCACUAUGAGCAUGCCAUUCGAACCUCGGGGACCGCAUUAUUACUCCACUGCUGAGCCAUUCACCUUAGAUACUGUCGCCCAAGGGAAAGCUGAAGUUGGGGAGUUAGCCGCACCGGUGGAUAAAAAUUUGCUAAAGAGAUUGGAUUGGUUUGAGGAGUUCAUAAGGAAAAGUCAAGGUUUGAACAAGCAGGGAGGUCUGGACUACGACGAGCUGUGCCUAUUUCCAAAUAUGCAAUUUUCGGUGGGUUUUAAAGCACCCAAAUUUACCAAGUACGACGGAACUGGCAAUCCCAAGACCUACCUUCGGAUGUUUGCAAACAAAUUAGGGAAACCAAUAGAUGAUGAAAACCUACCUGUGCAUUUAUUUUCCGAGAGUCUAGAAGGCGACGCGUUGGAUUGGUAUUCAAAUUUGAAACCUGAGGAUAUGAGAUCUUGGAUGGAUUUGUCAAUCGCUUUUGUGAGGCAGUAUGAAUACAAUUGCGAGUUUGCUCCAACAAGGACCACAUUGGAGGGGACUAAGAGGAAACCAUCGGAGGACCACAAGACGUAUGCGAAGAGAUGGAGGAAAUUGGCUGCCAAGGUGGAGCCUCCCAUGACUGAAGAUGAGAUUGUUCGUACAUUCAUCAAAUCUCAUGACCCGCCCUAUUUCGAGGAAAUUUUUCGAAUGACUAGGUGUUCCUUUGCCGAGAUUGUCAAUAAAUUGGAAGAAUAUGAUGAGUUUAUGAGGCCAGGAAAGAUUGUUAACGUGUCGGCUCUAAAAUCGCAAUUGGAAGCGAUGCAAAGUCAAGGCAGCAAUAGCAAGAAAUCCCCGUUCAAAAAGAGAGAAGAAGAAGCUUCAUUUGUCUCGAACCGAGGCCCUUCUUUCCGACCUAGAUUCCAACAAUUUCCCACCUGCUCACCCCGUUAUCCAUACUAA